CACUGUGUUUUUCUAUGCGGAUGUUGAACAAUGGAGAGCACAUCAGGAUAGUAACGAAGAGAUAAGAUUCCUCCAAAUUUUGAGAUAAGUUACGCCGAUUUGAAUAAUUUUAAAAUCCCAAUUAAUUUGAAAUGGUGUACUCGAAUCGAGGCGACCGGGGGCAUCAGCAUCUACUGCUGUUUUUUAUAAUCCUCACAGCCUGGGAAAGCGGGAGCGGCCAGGUCCACUACUCAGUCCCGGAGGAGGCCAAACACGGCACCUUCGUGGGCCGCAUCGCGCAGGACUUGGGGCUGGAGCUGGCGGAGCUGGUGCCGCGCCUUUUCCGAGUGGCUUCCAAAGGACACGGGGACCUUCUGGAGGUAAACCUGCAGAAUGGUAUUUUGUUUGUGAAUUCUCGGAUCGACCGCGAGGAGCUGUGUGGGCGGAGCGCGGAAUGCAGCAUCCACCUGGAGGUGAUCGUGGACAGGCCGCUGCAGGUUUUCCAUGUGGAGGUGGAGGUGAAGGACAUUAACGACAACCCGCCCGUAUUCCCGGAGACAAAAAAGAAUCUGUUUAUAGCCGAAUCCAGGAUGCUUGACUCUAGGUUUCCACUAGAGGACGCUUCCGAUGCAGAUAUCGAGGAGAACGCUCUAUUGACUUACAGACUGAGCCCCAACGAGUUUUUCUCUCUGGACGUACCAACCAAUGGCGAACAGGAAAAACCUCUUGGUCUUGUAUUACGGAAAUCUUUAGACAGGGAAGAAUCUCCGGAACUUCAUUUAUUGCUCACAGCCACUGAUAGAGGCAAACCUGAGCUGACUGGCACUGUUCAGUUACUCAUAAAAGUGCUGGAUGCCAAUGACAACGCACCAGUUUUCGACAGAACACUCUAUGCGGUGAAAUUACCAGAAAAUGUUCCCAAUGGAACGUUAGUAAUUAAACUUAAUGCCUCAGAUUUGGAUGACGGCAUGAAUGGGGAUAUUAUUUACUCAUUCUCUAGUGACGUCUCCCCAGAUAUAAAAUCUAAAUUCUACAUGGAUGCCAUAAAUGGAGAAAUUAUAGCAAUAGGACAUAUCGAUUUUGAAGAAUGUAAAACUUACAAAAUUCGAGUAGAAGCGAUCGAUAAAGGCUAUCUACCACUAGCUGGUCACUGUACAGUUCUUGUGCAAGUUUUGGACGCUAAUGAUAAUACUCCAGAGUUGACUGUUACUUCCCUGUCUCUCCCUAUCUCAGAGAAUGCUCAGCGGGGCACAGUCAUCACCUUGAUCAGUGUGUCUGACCGAGAUUCUGGAGCUAAUGGCCAGGUGACCUGCACACUGUCGCCCCAUGUCCCCUUCAAGCUGGUGUCCACCUUCAAGAAUUACUAUUCGCUGGUGCUGGACAGCGCCCUGGACGCUGAGAGCGUGUCGGACUAUGCUCUAGUAGUGACAGCACGGGACGGGGGCUCGCCUUCGCUGUAGGCCACGGCCAGCGUGUCCGUGGAAGUGGCCGACGUGAACGACAACGCGCCGGCAUUCGCGCAGGCCGAGUACACGGUGUUCGUGAAGGAGAACAACCCUCCCGGCUGCCACAAUCUUCACGGUGUCCGCGCGGGACGCGGGACCGCGCAGGAGAACGCGCUGGUGUCCUACUCGCUGGUGGAGCGGCGGGUGGUCGAGCGUGCGCUGUCGAGCUACGUGUCGGUGCACGCGGAGAGCGGCAAGGUGUACGCGCUGCCGCUGGACCACGAGGAGCUGGAGCUGCUGCAGUUCCAAGUGAGCGCGCGCGACGCGGGCGUGCCGCUGGGCAGCAACGUGACGCUGCAGGUGUUCGUGCUGGACGAGAACGACAACGCGCCCGCGCUGCUUGCCGCUGCCGGGGCGGGCGGCGCGGGCGGCGCCGUGAGCGAGCUGGUGUGGCGGUCGGUGGGCGCGGGCCACGUGGUGGCGAAGGUGCGCGCGGUGGACGCGGACUCGGGCUACAACGCGUGGCUGUCGUACGAGCUGCAGCCGGCGGCGGGUGGCGCGCGCAGCCCGUUCCGCGUGGCGCUGUACACGGGCGAGAUCAGCACGACGCGCAGCCUGGACGAGGCGGACUCGCCGCGCCAGCGCCUGCUGGUGCUGGUGAGGGACCACGGCGAGCCGGCGCUGACGGCCACGGCCACCGUGCUGCUGUCGCUGGUGGAGAGCGGCCAGGCGCCCAAGGCCUCGUCGCGGGUGUUGGCGGGCGCCGCUGGCGCGGAGACGGCGCUGGUGGAUGUCAACGUGUACCUGAUCAUCGCCAUCUGCGCCGUGUCCAGCCUGCUGGUGCUCACGCUGCUGCUGUACGUGGCGCUGCGGUGCUCGGCGCCGCCCAGCGAGGGCGCGUGCGGGCCGGCGGGGAAGCCCACGCUGGUGUGUUCCAGCGCGGUGGGGAGCUGGUCGUACUCGCAGCAGAGGCGGCAGAGGGUGUGCUCUGGGGAGGGUCCGCCCAAGACCGACCUCAUGGCUUUCAGCCCCAGCCUUCCCCCGUGUCCUGGAUCUCUGAAUCCAACGGAAGAUCCACAAGCUUCUUUGGAGUCUUCUGGAAAGGUUCCAUAUGUCACUUGA